UCUUGUUCGAGUUCAGUUACAUUAGAGAUGUUAUUCAAGGAAGAAUAAUCCAGAAACGCCUCGAAAAUCCGGAAAGCCUCUGUUAUUAUGGCCGGCAGAACGACGGCCGCAACGUGGACUGCAGGAUUCACAAUGCUCCUCUCGAAUUCAAUGACGACGAACACUCAGCGCAGGGACCUUUGUGUUCCAAGUCCUGAAAGCCGCGCGGCAACCGGAAAAUAGUCCCAUCCGCGACGCUCACUGACAGAUGACACUGAGAAUUUGAGUAAUAGGCUUCACAUACCUUAUAAAACCUUUUUUCACCUGUGUACUAGUCAGAAGCGUCAAAUGACUCUGUCGAGGUAUAUCGAUGACCAACUAAGCUUCUCCAGUCAAAUCACUGGUCGAACACUCGGCUGAGGUAAGCACCUUCAUGCUCCGCGCACGUGUUCAUCACAUCACGCGCGUCCUUUGGCGGACGACGACGACGGCGCCAUGCCCAAGUCCAUGAAUCUUCUCGACAAAUGUGAACCUGAACACUCUCUCAUCACAUCGCUCCUCACGCUCGUCCUCUGCAUCGGACUGGUUAUAUCUUAUCUCCCGCAACAUCUCCGAAUUAUCCGCACUGGCACGUCCGAGGGCCUUAGCCCGUGGUUUCUCCUUUUGGGCAGCACGAGCAGCGCAGCGGGAUUUCUCAACCUGGUCACGGUGCAGCAUGUGCAGAUCCGCUGCUGCUCAGUCGUGUCGAUCGCAUCAUGUAUGGAGUCUACAGCAGGGAUCGUGCAGGUUGGAUUGCAAUGGGCGAUGUUUUCGUUUGUAUUCAUCCUGUACAUCAUCUACUUCCCAGACCACCUGAAGUACGAGACGACGUCAGCGGCCGAAGGAGCUUCUCGAUACAAGACAGAACCUCGGAAGACGAAGACUUGGGCCCACAGUCUCUUACUGGCGUACUUCACUGUUGCGCAUUUUGUCCUCUCCUUCCUCGUCACUCUCGUCAUCCUGUUCUCGACUCCAUCUCCGCUAACACCCGUCGACCCGCCUUCGCCAUAUCCGGAUCCGUCCUUCCCUGAUCCUGAUUCGGAUGCACUGCCAACCUCAUUGGCGCGCUGGGCGCUGCUUCUUGGCGUAUCCUCGGCCGCGCUCGCCGCAAUCCAGUACUUGCCACAGAUCGCUUUUACUUGGCGUGCACGACUAGUGGGUGCGCUGAGCGUACCGAUGAUGUGCGUCCAGAGUCCAGGUGCGGUGGCGAUGGUCACCAGUAUCGCGUUGAGACCGGGCACGAAUUGGACCAGUUGGGUCACGUACGCCGUUGCUGGUAUGAUGCAAUUUACGUUGCUCGGGAUCUGCGUUGCAUGGAAGCUGCGCCAAAGGAGGUUGCAUAUAGAUGACUUUGGAGAGCCGCUUCCGAAGCUGCAUAUGCACUCGCAUGAUUCUGAGUCGGGUGGGGACGAUCCUGAAGCUGUGAGUUCCGGCGAGGAUAUCAUUGUCCCGGGGUUAGUCGUGAGCGAGGAGGAGGACGCAGGCGCUGUGAGACAGGCGCUGGAGAGUGCGCUCGGCGACGCGGUUUCUGGUGACGUCAGGGAAGGAACAGUCGUCGAUGAACAAACUCCAUUGUUGGAGGGAGACAAAGGAAAGAGGAAGAGCGCAGGGUGGUGGUAGUCCAUUUCUUUUCAUUCAAGCAUUCACACAUAGCAUGGCAUCCCGAAGGCUUGGGUACUUCCCCUGUGGGACAUCAUAGAUCUUGUCAAGUCGCAUCCGCGCUUACGCAGCUCACGGCUUGACAUCGUAAUGCACUUUUGCUGAUAGCUUUCACCGAAACACGAUAGUCAUUGACGCAAUCAAUCCCCUACCUUCUGC